GUGGCCAUGGCAUGCGACCUACAGAAGCCGCUGUUCGUGCAUGAGCGCGAAGCACACAGCGAGCUGGUGUCGGUGCUGGAGGCGUUCGGGAAGCGGCUGCCACCCACCGUCAUCCACUGCUUCACGGGCAGUGCAGAGCAUGCCACCAAGUACCUGCAGAUGGGCUUCUACAUCGGCCUCACGGGGUACGUAUGGAAGGACAAGUCAGAGGAUGGCGUGCGCCGCAUGCUGGAGGACCAGACGAUCCCGCUGGACCGGCUGCUGCUCGAGACAGACUCGCCCUUCAUGUACCCCAACGUGCGCGCCGCCAAAGUGGCCCAGCAUGUCAAGGACAAGCUGUCCGAGCGGGCGCUCCAGUUCCUGCACCGCUACUGCACGUUCCAGCGCAACGAGCCGUGCUCGCUGGCCGCCAGCGCCGAGAUGAUCGCCGCCUACAUGGGCAAGCCCGUGUACGACGUGGCCAUGAAAACCACGUACAACGCGGUCAAGGUGUUCGGGCUCAGCACGUAAGCGGCGCGCGUUGGCGGACGGCGUCUGCCGGCCAAUCACGAACGGGCUCGGCAGCUGACUGCCCUACUCUUGCUCAGCUGACCGGCCGCUAUUGCUCAGCUGGCCGGUCCUUUUCAUGCAGUAGCCUGUUGCAGGACGGGUCGAACCUACGAAACGAAAGUAUCCAACGAUUUGCGGUGGCGAUGUGUGAGUAUGGAAUACGCCGCGGAGCGAUGCGGUCUCUGCGGCUGGCACCGGCUUCUGGCACGCUCCGGGCGGUGCGAUGGAGGGGUCGUGCACAGCUGGAGCUAGCAUGGCUGCUUCCGUUAGCAUUUGCACUGAACCGAUUGACGGAAAAUAUCCUCGUAAGCUUUUGCUGCUUACUCACUCCAGGCUCGGUCCCGCUGUUACCGUUCGUGAGAAGGCUUAGCGUCUGCCAUCUCCACCGCCUGCCACCUGCUCCGCUGUGGUCUUCCAUAAUGCUGCCACUUGACUAUGCACUGAGUCGGGUCUGUCCCCCAACUCCCUCAGUAUGGCGUUACCUGGCGCAUCGUGUGUAGCGCAGCUACUUUUAGUUACGCGCCCGCCUUGAUUACGGUGCUGCGCGUUUUUGUUUGUUUGACACCCGGCUGCGGCUGCUAGUGACGCCUACGUUAUUGUCUGCUGUGUCUUUCGCACAAGCCUUAGUUCGUUUUAUAGUGCUGUGUUUCGCACAGCUAUGAUUCUUAGUUGCAUCUGUCUGGUUCAUGGUGCUUUGUCUGCACAGAUUUUAAUCUUUGUUACAACUGUCCCCGUGUUGGUGCGAAGUUGACGCGCAGUUACGCUGCUAUUUAUCUGUGUCCCCGUUUAUGGUGCUGCGUCUGCCACACGGCUACGGAUCUUAGUGACAAUAGCAGCGCGGAUGUUUUGUUUUGUCCGCGUGCGGGCGAGCUCCGUUGACGUCGGACCGCGCUUGUCCGUCCCUAGUUGCAAUACGUCCCUAGUGCCGUGCUGGGUGGGCUAUCCGGCCCUAGCGCCGGACCGCUGGGUAGAGAUUGGUGCGAGGUAGAGGAGGCCGCCGAGAUGUGCGACGCGGCUGAGAUUAUCGCUCUGGCCGGAGCCGGCCGGCGCCAGCUCUAGGGCCUGCGCUAUCAGAAGCAAUCGGUGCCAAAGACGGCUAUCUUGUGUUACCGCCGUGUGCGGAGCGCGCGUGCUCGGCCGGCGCGGCAGCCCUUUCGUCGGCCACCGCCAUCACCGGGGUGUUGGUUGUGUGGUGUGUCGCCGCACUAUGUCUCCGGAUGGCCAGGACCGCUCCUGUGAUACCAUGUGCCUAUGCUACCGUGACAAUAUACUGAGAGAACGCGCG